UCAGUUGACUUGCGCGCCGCGGGGACAAUCAAGAUGGCGGACCGUCACCGGUGACGUUUUUGUUUGGAGAUUCUCGCGUUCCGCGAAUUCUUUCGCGCGAGCCACGAUUUAACGAUCGAUCGCGAUCGUCGGCGACGAGUUGCCGGAGAAAAAACGCGCGCGAUGUGGUGCUGCGUGCGCGAGCUCUGGCUGCGCGCAAUUCUGACGUGCGCGAUUGGCGCUUGCUCGAUCCUCGGCGACUUCGGGCUGCGAUACGGCAAGAGCGAGCCGGAGCGCGCGGCGUUUGACAACGCGACGCACGCGACCGUGGGCGGCCUCACGUGGACGCUGAUUGUCAUCCUGUCGCGAAAGUACGUCGCGCGCAAUCUGGACAGCAUAUUCUCCUGCUUCCUACUGGCGUCCUUCAUCGAUCUCGAUCACUUUAUCGCGGCGCGCAGCUGGCACAUCCAUGACGCGACGCAUCUGCAGAAACGGCCGUUUCUGCACUGCACCACAAUUCCCAUCAUGCUGUGGGCACUUUUUAUAUCGCUGUCCAACGCUUUCCACUCUCCGGUACUGGAGCAGACUUCCUGGGUGAUACUGGCCGCCUUCCUGAGCCAUCACAUACGAGACGGUACCAGGAGAGGUUUGUGGUUCUGUCCCUUCGGCUCUACUCGUCCCAUUCCCUACUAUCUAUACGUGAGUCUUUGUAUGUCUCUUCCUUACGCGUUACACUGGCUCAUGAGUUUACACACUUUCGUGCAAAAGAGCGACGGCCCUGUCGCUCUCAUCGACGUGUGAGACGAUGCGCGUCAAACAGUUUUUACAGUUUUUCUAAAUGUGUUACAACAUAGGAAUACUGACAAUUCAAAGUGUAAAAAUUUUUCGAAUUUUCCAAGUACAACUGACGAGUGAAAUUAAGAGAAUAAUUAAGACAAUUAAGCUCUCUAGGAGAAAUUGACAUUAUAAAAUUGAUAUGAUUUAUUUAUUAGAAUACAUGAAACAUUAGUUGAUACAUGAAAUGUGCGAGAGAUGUGAAAAAUAAUUUGUACGAUAAUUCGAAUAUUUAUAAUUAAAUAAUAAUUUCUAGACAAUUAAAUAAUUGCCUUGAAAUUCGAUAACUUCAGGGUAAAACAGUUAUCAUACUUAACAUUGAAUAUUUUUUAUUCAAAUCUUUUAUUCAAAUAGGAAUAAGUGUUUAUAAUAUACAUACAUUGUAUCUAUAUCUAAUUUAAGAUAAUUUAAGUAAUUUAAGUAUUGUUCCUAUCUACUAUCUUGUACAAUCGCAGAGCUUAGAUGCGAUUGUGACGUUCAGUGUGAUGUAAUGUACAUGACAGCAACGAUGUUACGAUGUCGAUGUUCGCUUGCGUGAGCGAAAGGGAAAGUCUUGAAUAAAAUUUUUGUCCGUUGCGGGAUGGUAACGUCAACGUAUACAAGCGUAUAAUAUUUAUACAUAGGCCAUUGUGCAGUUGUGCGGUGGUUUAUGGGCGAGUCCCACGUCCAUUCGUUUCCUAUGCCUGCAUAUUCACAAGUCGAUACGCCGUUUCUUCUUUCAUGAGGGAGAGGGGAACACUGGCGCACAACAGCGCGUUCCUAUACUUAUAAGUAUAUUCCCGGCGUUCCCGGGAAUUCGAUUUUGUAAUCAAUAAUAUAUCUUCGUCUGCUACACGAGUGUUUAAGCGCAAACAAUGAGUCGUAAAACUGCUUAAAGCAUAGCGUUGAAUUAAAGUAACACGAGCAAGGUAAACCUUAUACGUACUUUCGUUUCCGUUUCUUCAAGUGUGAUGUACAUUGUUAUCGAGAGAUUGCGUCGACAUGCCUUACCUUAAAAUGGAAAUUCCUGUUCUUUCCCAUAAUGAGUGAUUCCCCAUAAUUGCACUCCACUUCUCAACAGUACGUGAUAGAUUAAGAAAAACACAAUUGUGUCAAUGGUAAAAUAUUAGAAAUAAAAAUAUUAGGAAAUA